CAAUGACAAAGUUUACCAAAACUAUUCUCUACACAACACUGUAUAAAAUAAAUUAUUUCUUAUGCAUCCUAUUCUUUAUUAGGUAAAUAAUAAUGUUCAAUUUAUAACAUUUACUUUUUUACAUGCUGAGUGAGAAUACGUAUCAAAUUCCUGAUCCAUUCUUUGUAAUUUUGAAAUGGUCAUAAGUUGCUGAUUCAGAGUAUCGAGUCUUGUUGAAAUACUGCACAUCCCAAAUUUUAUUUAAUGUAUUUAAGGCAUCUGUCAUAAUACUAAUUUUUAUCCUUAUUAUGAAUUCUAAACUAGUGACAUUUAAUAAGUAAUGCAACAAAUACGCAUUAAAUUGUCACUGUCAUGAUAAUCGUAGAUUGUCUUAUUUUUUUUUCGUCUGUAACAUUUUGAUUUACCAUUGAUACAUCGUUGCAAAAUUUAUUUUGACUGAAUAUUCAUGAAUCGUCUUUCGAAAAUAACAGAUCAGAAAAAAAUGUUAGCAGACAAUUAUCUAGUAAUGAGAACGACAAACAUUUCUAAAUAAUAUUAUUCGUGCGAUGCUUAGCCGUAACUUGAAAUUAUUUAUGCAACGAAGAUCGCGUUAUAUAUCGUGGAAUAUUUUAUUUCUCUGGGGUUUUGGAUUAUGGAUAGCUUUAUGUACGAAUAAUAUGUACGAAUCGGACAUUGUAGUACAAAGAGGUACCAUAUUUUAUCAACAAAAUUCGAAUUCUGGAAUUGUACAUGGUAUUGGAACAGAACGAAAGACAAUGGAAAAUGUUUUGCACAUUACAGCAACAAAUUGUACUUUGUGCAAUACGAUGCUGAUAUUAAAAGAUGUGCUUAAAUAUAUUUUUGUCCUUGUAUUUGUGUGCUGUACGAUAUUGUUUGUAUGCAUGUGUGAGCAUAUAAGAAAAAGCAUAGAAGUAUGGAAUAAUAUAAUACGUAAUGUCUAUUCAACUGGCGUGUAUUUAAAAGCCAUUGCAAGAAAUUAUAUAGAUUAUAUUUUUGAUAGAACGAUAACAAACAAACGAGAUCAGUUCACUUUUAAACCUGAAUUAAUCGCGAAAUGUAAAAUGAGUACGGAGCAUUUACAGGAAAAGUUGAAUUAUAAAAGUGAAGAAAAAAGUUCUAUUUCGAAAGGAAUGGUCAUACAAAAUGAAAUUAAUUUUAAUAGCUACACUAUGUUGCUGUUUAACAAUUACGAGCUCUAUUGUUAUUUCUAUCAUCAACAAUUACAAAAUACGUUUAAUUUGUUGACAAUCUAUUCCGAGACGAAGGAUUCGGAAUAUAUAAACAAUAAUCUGAUAUCUUUCAAUAAGUAUAGGGACAACAGUAAUCAUCAAUUAAAAAAUGGUAUACGAAAACGCAUCAUUAGCUCAUCACCAGAAUUUCAAAAAUUUCUGGCGAAUUCAAGAAAAUCUCGAUUCUUUAAUCCAUACACUUUAGAAGUGUCUACAAAUUAUAUUAUUCGUAUUAAAUCAACUUAUAAAUUAUAGUAGCAAUAGUGUCAUUUUAAAUAAAAUACUUAUAUUGA